CCUGGAAGCCGGCCACAAGGACGCCGCAGGGGCUGUUCGUGGCCGGAUUUCAUUGCCCAGUAGGCGUUCUCAGCCCCGCGCGUUCACAAGCGCUGUGAAGGACGUCGAAUAUGGGUUGCAACAGCCCUUUGUUCCUUUAAACAUGCAGUGACCCGGGAAUUGGUUUCAAGUUGCAAACAACGGUGCAGGACGCAGAGUAUGCCUGCUUUGAAUUUUGACGGAGAUACCAGCGCUCCUGGAGCCCGGCAGACUCCGUGAUCAGGAUAAACUUGAUGAUGGCAUAGUGGUCAAGCUUGUUUCUUCUGGGGCCACUCUUCUGAGAAUAUUUGAACUACCUCUGGAGCUGCCGUGUCUUGGGCAGCUAAAAGGUUGGGACUUGCAGUGCUUCUGGGUUUGUACCUUGUGGAUCUACCCUCUGAAAUGGCAUCCAUCAACCCAUGGACCUCCUGGGGUGCCCUUGUGGACCAGUCCUGGGAGAUGGCAUCUGUUGACCCGUGGACAUCCUGGGCUAUGUGUCCUCAGGAUGCUGUCUGGAACGUGGAAGGGAGCCUUGAGGAGGGGAGGAGGGCUGUUGGGCUCCCAUCAGCCCAGGUCCAGGAGCCAGUGACCUUCAAGGAUGUGGCUGUGGACUUCAGUCAAGAAGAAUGGGGACAGCUGGAUCUUGUUCAAAGGACCCUGUACCGCGAUGUGAUGCUGGAGACCUAUGGUCACCUGCUCUCUGUGGGGAAUCAGAUUGCCAAGCCUGAAGUCAUCUCUCUAUUAGAGCAAGGAGAAGAGCCAUGGUUGGUGGAGCAAGCUUAUCCUCAAAGCACUGGUCCAGAAUGGAUUAGAAAUCUUGAAAGCAAAGCAUUGAUCCCAACACGGAGUAUUUUUGAGGAAGAACAGUCCCAUGGCAUGAAGUUAGAAAGAUACAUAUGGGAUGAUCCUUGGUUCUCCAAGUUAGAAAUGUAUCACAUGAACCAGAGUACAGCUUUGAGACAAAUGGUCUUUAUGCAAAAGCAAGUACUAUCUCAGAGAGGCUCUGAAUUCUGUGAACUUGGGCCAGAGUGUAGCCAGAGCUUAAACUUCACUCCAUCUCAGAGAGUUUCUCAAAUAGAACAUUACUAUAAGCCUGAUACGUGUGGCGAAAGUUGGAGAUACAACUCAGCCAUAAUGUAUGCAGAUAAGAUUACCUGUGAAAAUACUGACUAUGAUAAAGCCUUCUACCAGUCCAUUCAACCCAUUUACCCUGCAAGAAUGCAAAGUGGAGAUAAUCUUUUUAAAUGUACUGAUGCUGUUAAAUCUUUCAAUCAUAUAAUACAUUUUGGUGAUCAUAAAGGAAUGCAUGGAAGAGAAAAAAUCUAUGAAUAUAAGAAAUGUCAUCAAAUCUUCAACCAGAACCCACCAUUUAAUGAGCAUGCAAGACUUCAUACUGGAGAAAACCAAUAUAAUUACAAAGAAUAUGAGAAUAUUUUUUACUUCUCAUCCUUUAUGGAACACCAAAAACUUGGUACUAUAGAGAAAGCAUGCAAAUACAAUGAAUGGGAGAAAGUCUUUGGGUAUGACUCAUUUCUAACUCAGCAUACAAGCACUUACACUACAGAAAAACCAUAUGAAUAUAAUGAAUGUGAGACAUCUUUCAUCUGGAGCUCUUACCUUAUUCAGCAUAAGAAAACUCACACUGGAGAAAAACCCUAUGAAUGUGAUAAAUGUGGGAAAGUGUUCAGAAAUCGUUCAGCCCUUACUAAACAUGAACGAACUCACACUGGAAUAAAGCCCUAUGAGUGUAAUAAAUGCGGGAAAGCCUUCAGCUGGAAUUCUCAUCUUAUAGUACAUAAGAGAAUCCAUACAGGAGAAAAACCUUAUGUAUGUAAUGAAUGUGGGAAAUCUUUCAACUGGAACUCCCAUCUUAUUGGACACCAGAGAACUCAUACUGGGGAGAAACCUUUUGAAUGUACUGAAUGUGGGAAGUCUUUCAGUUGGAGCUCCCAUCUUAUUGCUCAUAUGCGAAUGCACACUGGAGAGAAGCCCUUUAAAUGUGAUGAAUGCGAAAAAGCUUUUAGGGAUUAUUCAGCUCUUAGUAAACAUGAACGAACUCACUCUGGUGCAAAACCGUAUAAAUGUACUGAAUGUGGAAAAUCCUUUAGCUGGAGCUCCCAUCUUAUUGCCCAUCAGAGAACUCACACAGGAGAGAAACCCUAUAACUGUCAGGAAUGUGGCAAAGCAUUCAGAGAACGUUCAGCCCUCACAAAACAUGAAAUAAUCCAUUCUGGAAUUAAACCCUAUGAAUGUAAUAAGUGUGGAAAAUCCUGCAGCCAGAUGGCUCACCUUGUUAGGCAUCAAAGAACUCAUACUGGAGAAAAACCCUAUGAAUGCAAUAAAUGUGGAAAGUCCUUCAGUCAGAGCUGUCACCUUGUUGCUCAUCGUAGAAUUCACACUGGUGAGAAGCCAUAUAAAUGUAACCAGUGUGAAAGAUCCUUUAACUGUAGCUCCCACCUUAUUGCACAUCGGAGAACUCAUACUGGAGAGAAACCAUACAGGUGUAAUGAAUGUGGGAAAGCAUUUAAUGAGAGUUCUUCUCUUAUAGUACACCUGAGAAACCAUACUGGAGAAAAACCCUACAAAUGUAAUCAUUGUGAGAAAGCUUUUUGUAAGAAUUCUUCUCUUAUUAUUCAUCAGAGAAUGCAUAGUGGAGAGAAACGCUUUAUAUGCAAUGAAUGCGGAAAAGCCUUUAGUGGUCACUCAGCCCUACUUCAGCACCAGAGAAAUCACAGUAAAGAGAAACUGAAUUGAA